GGAGUUUUUUUUUUUUUUUGUCUGCGAGGUGGCUAGGAUUGUUAUAUUGGUGUGUUUGGGGAGAAACAACUAAAGUGAAAAAUAAAACCUAGCACACAAAUAUUUUAUUAAAUAUUUAUUUUUUCAUUUUGUUGUUAAUUUAUUAAAUUUACUUUCUGAAGACAUGUCAGCUGCAGCAGGCGGUGAAAAUACGAACUUUUUGGAUCUGCUGAAUAAAUUUGAGAAACUGUCAGGGAGGCCUUCUCUGAGAGCAGCAGGCUCUAAGAAGAGAGUACGGUGGCUGCCGGCUAGGAGAAACUUCAGUCAACCAUGCCCAAGCCUCAGGAUCCCUAACAGGUUUUUAAGAGAAGGUAACCGCCCGCCCCCUGCUCGGAGCGGACACCGCUGUGUUGCAGACAAUGCUAACCUGUACGUGUUUGGAGGGUACAAUCCAGACUUUGACGAGUCGGGAGGAUCUGAAAAUGAAGACUACCCCUUGUUUAGGGAGCUCUGGAGGUAUCACUUUGCAACUGGAACAUGGCAGCAAAUGAGAACAGAAGGGUACAUGCCCAGAGAGCUAGCGUCCAUGUCAGCUGUUUUACAUGGGAACAACUUGCUGGUGUUUGGUGGCACUGGAAUUCCAUUUGGUGAGAGCAAUGGAAAUGAUGUCCAUGUUUGUAAUGUUAAAUACAAACGUUGGUCUCUACUCGGUUGUCGUGGAAAGAAACCUAACCGAAUUUAUGGACAGGCAAUGGCAAUUAUAAAUGGCUACUUGUAUGUAUUUGGAGGAACAACAGGUUAUAUUUACAGCACAGAUCUUCACAGAUUAGACCUGAACACACGUGAGUGGAUUCAUCUUAAACCAAACAACCCCCCAGAUGACCUGCCUGAAGAAAGGUACAGACAUGAAAUUACACAUGAUGGACAAAAGAUAUACAUCCUUGGAGGGGGAACAUCAUGGACAUCUUAUCCUUUGGAUAAGAUACAUGCCUACAAUUUAGAAACCAAUUCAUGGGAAGAAAUAACAACGAAGCCACACGACAAAAUAGGAUUUCCUGCAGCAAGGAGAUGUCACAGCUGUGUACAGAUAGGAAGUGAUGUAUUUAUAUGUGGUGGCUACAAUGGGGAAUUGAUACUAGGAGAUCUUUGGAAAAUAAAUUUACAAACAUUCCAGUGGACAAAACUACCAGCAGUCAUGCCAGAGCCUGCCUAUUUUCACUGUGCAGCUGUAACCCCAGCUGGCUGUAUGUAUGUCCAUGGCGGAGUGGUAAACAUUCAUGAAAACAGGAGGACUGGCUCCCUGUUUAAGAUCUGGCUGGUAGUACCCAGCUUGUUGGAACUGUGUUGGGAGAAACUUCUGAAGUCCUUUCCCCAGCUAGCACAACUCUCUACAACACAGCUCAUAAACCUUGGCCUCACACAGGAACUCCUAGAGAGAUUGAAAUAAGUUUUGGGAGUGUCUUCAGGAAUAAGCUAUACAUGUACAGCAAGGACAGACUAUGGGCACCAUAUUGGAAAAAGCUCUUACAAAUAAUUCCUUUCCAAGCCUUAUUAAAUGAAAACAUUGGAGGCCUUUUUUUUGUUUGCACUUUUUUAAAAAAAAUUGUUGUUUUUUUAACAAGUGGAAUGUACCUAGUUUGUUAAAUCAAUUGACGAUCUUGCUUCUUUUUCUAGUAUGUUUGUCCAUGAAAUCUGCUUGUGUUAACCUUGGUGCAUACCUACAGGAUGAUCUCUGAAGACUGCUAGUCCUUUAGGUAGGGUGUAUUGAACUAGUAUAGUAUGACUAGUCUUAAACCAUUCAUUUUCCUUCUGUUUUUACUUAACUGUGAAUUAAGGAGACCAAUGCAGAAGUAGUUUGCUCUUGAUCUGUGCUUGCUUAACACCAAUGAUUUGCUGAUGAAUUACUUGUGAACUGGUAGGAAACAUGAUUUUAUACCUCCUGCUGCUUCCAGUCUUGCAGGUUACAAUGAAAUCUUCAAUUCAAGUUUCAAGAUGUGUGGUUGGUUCUGCCAUUAACUUCAGUUGAACAUUUUAUACAGAUCCUAAAAAGGAUGCCCCAUUCGUACACUAGGUAUUAAGAAAAUUACACAAGCUUAAAUUUCUUCAUGUGGCAAAGAUUUGGAGAAUUCCAAAGCUUGCUUACUGUUGCAAGAAUUUUAUUUCCAUAUUCCUUCCAAAAUUUUGUAAAAAAAAAAAAAAAAAAAAAAGGUUUUAAGCAAACUGCUGAUGUCUCUGGAGAAUGUUUUUAAGAUUGAAUUAAGAAUAUGUGUAGAUUAAAAGGCAUGCAUGUUUGGCUGGUACUUUCAGUACACACACUCAGUAGAGACAAAUUAUUGAUGAAUUUACAUUAUUUACUCUAAAAAGGGGGAGGGGGGGGAUGACUGCAGCUAACUGUUACCUUCCAACAUAUUUUUAAGAUCGUGCUUCUUUCCAUUGCACUUUAGCUUGUAUGAAAGAAAUGCUCCAAUCCGACACUUUGAUAUUAUAAUAUACUGGUGGUUCCUGUACUGCCCCAUUGUGGAAAGUAUUUCGUUUUGUCUACCUCAGUUAUUGUAACAACUCCCUUCUGUUUCCUGAUAUACUAAAAUAUCCUGUAAAUAAAAUAUCACUGUGAACAAGGUGCUUCUAGGAUGAAUAUUUUACUUUAUUUUCCUUGGCCAUAAUUUGAAAGAUGCUAAGGAAAUUAAUAGCCUUUUAUUUUCAUACUUUUUUAAAAUUCAGUUCAACACUGAUAUGUAAGUUCAUAUGUUUUACUAAUCAAUAAUUAUGGGUAUGGUAUAAUUUGAUAGUUAAGUUUUUAGUGUUGGUGUGGUUUUUUUUUUUCCCCCACAAAUAUUGCCUUUUUUCAGUGCCUAUUCACAGUAACUUUUUAAAAUGAACAUUUUUAUGUUCCUUUUUAAUGUUUUUAAAUAAUUUAAUGGGUAGAUACCUACUAAAAACCAGUGUCCUUUUUUAAAAUAUAAAACUUAAGUUUUAUAUUUCAAAUGUGUGCAUUGAAACCGCUGAGGAAGACAAAAUGAGCCAGAAUUGGUGACUAUGUAUUGUAUUAUAGAUGAUGCUAUCUGAUUGAUUUAUAAAGCGAAACCCUGCACAAUUGUAUAGAAAUUAGGAGAUUGUUUAAGAUCUUUUUGGCAUUGAUUUACCUAAAGGCAUUUCCAUUGAUUUUACGCUGCUACUGUUAAUUCAGGUGUACAGUAAUACAAUCUUGUUUUGAGAUCUAAUAAUUUAACAAAAAUCUAAUGCCAAGAGUGAAAGACUGGAUUGUAAGUAUACAUGCACUCCCCCCGAUAUCGACCGUUUUUUUUUUUUAUUAUUUAUUUAUAAAAAAAGACUCCUAAAACAUCAAUUUUAAAGCAGUAGUAUCCACCAUUGGACUUUAAUUGAGAAGUAUAUAAAUUGUUAAUGUUAGAGGGACUAUUUGUAUGAUAUCGUGCAGCACUUUUUUUUUUUUUUUUUAAUCUACCACUGUAGGCAUAUAUGUCUUGCAUAUACUGGUAUUUAAACACCAACAUUUCAAUGCUGCAUGGCACGUGUAUAAUGUUUAUAUUCAACCAAAGAAUUGUUUUAUUAAUUCUGAUCUCUCCUGGGGAGAUGGAUUUGAACAUAAGUUAAUGUUCCACACUGGAGAAGUGUACUGCACAUUGUAAAACUGCAGUAGGGACACCACACAAGAGUUUUAAGCAAUGUUCUGUCAAAACAAGAUAAAUAAUUGCAUAUGCCACCUAAAUACUUUAGAACCUAAACUCUUCACACGUGUGCAUUUGUUAGAGGUAACCCUGCCAACCCCCACCCCCA